AAAGGGUACAUUUCUCUUUCAUCGACAAUUGCUCUCUCACACAGACUGCUCCGCCGAGUUGUAGACUCAGCGAGUCAGAGAUGAGCGGACACGACUCCAAAUACUUCUCCACCACCAAGAAGGGUGAAAUUCCUGAACUCAAAGAAGAGCUCAAUUCUCAGUACAAGGAUAAGAGAAAAGAUGCUGUAAAAAAGGUCAUUGCUGCAAUGACUGUCGGCAAGGAUGUUUCAUCACUGUUCACAGACGUUGUUAACUGCAUGCAAACAGAAAAUUUGGAGCUCAAAAAGCUUGUUUAUCUAUAUCUCAUAAAUUAUGCUAAAAGCCAACCUGACCUAGCUAUACUUGCAGUAAAUACAUUUGUGAAGGAUUCACAGGAUCCAAAUCCCUUGAUUCGUGCUUUGGCUGUACGCACAAUGGGAUGCAUUCGUGUUGAUAAAAUUACAGAAUAUCUAUGCGAUCCCCUUCAGAGGUGUCUCAAGGAUGAUGAUCCAUAUGUUCGUAAGACGGCAGCUAUAUGUGUUGCUAAACUUUAUGACAUAAAUGCUGAGCUAGUUGAGGAUAGGGGGUUUCUGGAAGCUCUCAAGGAUUUGAUAUCUGAUAAUAAUCCCAUGGUUGUAGCAAAUGCUGUGGCAGCUCUUGCAGAGAUUCAGGAUAACAGUAGCAAACCCAUUUUUGAGAUCACUAGCAACACACUUGCAAAGCUCCUUACUGCUCUAAAUGAAUGCACAGAGUGGGGUCAAGUUUUCAUAUUGGAUUCUCUUUCCAAGUAUAAGGCAGCAGAUGCUCGUGAAGCUGAAAAUAUAGUGGAGCGUGUUACUCCAAGACUACAGCAUGCAAAUUGUGCAGUUGUGCUUUCAGCUGUUAAGAUGAUCCUCCAACAAAUGGAACUCAUCACCAGUACCGAUGUGGUUCGAAAUCUUUGCAAGAAAAUGGCUCCUCCUCUUGUGACUUUACUUUCCGCAGAACCUGAGAUUCAAUAUGUUGCAUUGCGGAACAUCAACCUUAUUGUACAAAGGCGCCCAACAAUCCUUGCCCAUGAAAUAAAGGUUUUUUUCUGCAAGUACAAUGACCCUAUUUAUGUGAAGAUGGAAAAGUUAGAGAUCAUGAUAAAGCUUGCUUCAGACCGAAAUAUAGACCAAGUUUUGUUGGAGUUCAAAGAGUAUGCUACCGAAGUAGAUGUAGAUUUUGUGAGAAAGGCUGUCCGUGCAAUUGGGCGCUGUGCCAUCAAAUUAGAGAGAGCAGCUGAGCGGUGCAUUAGUGUUUUGCUUGAGCUUAUCAAGAUUAAAGUAAACUAUGUUGUCCAAGAAGCUAUUAUAGUCAUCAAAGACAUUUUUAGGAGAUAUCCUAACACCUAUGAGUCCAUCAUUGCUACGCUUUGUGAGAGCUUGGACACUUUAGAUGAGCCUGAGGCAAAGGCAUCAAUGAUCUGGAUAAUUGGUGAAUAUGCGGAAAGAAUUGACAAUGCUGAUGAGCUCCUUGAAAGCUUUUUGGAGAGUUUUCCUGAGGAACCUGCACUAGUCCAGUUGCAGUUGCUGACAGCAACAGUCAAACUCUUUCUUAAGAAGCCAACUGAAGGCCCACAGCAGAUGAUUCAGGUCGUGUUGAAUAAUGCCACUGUGGAAACUGACAAUCCUGAUUUGCGUGAUCGGGCCUACAUAUAUUGGCGUCUUCUAUCAACUGAUCCUGAGGCAGCUAAAGAUGUCGUGUUAGCUGAGAAGCCCGUGAUCGCUGACGAUUCAAACCAACUCGAUCCUUCUCUACUUGAUGAGCUUCUUGCAAAUAUAGCUACUUUGGCCUCUGUGUAUCACAAACCUCCGGAUGCAUUUGUGACCCGUGUAAAGACUGCCCAGAAAACAGAAGAAGAUGACUAUCCUGAUGGGAGUGAAACUGGGUAUUCUGAUACACCUUCCCAUGCACUUGAUAGUGGUGCAUCACCACCUGCUACGUCAAGUCCGUAUGCCGCAGCAAGGCAACCAGCACCUGCACCAGUUGCACCUGCAGCUCCGGCUCCUGUGCCAGAUUUACUCGGUGAUCUUAUAGGCCUGGAUAAUAGCAACAAUGAGAAUAAUGCUAUUGUAUCUUCAGAUCAGCCUGCAGCACCUGUUGGCCCACCUUUACCCAUUCUGUUACCGGCAUCAACUGGUCAAGGGUUUCAAAUCAGUGCACAGCUGAUACGAAGAGAUGGUCAAAUAUUUUACAGUUUAUUGUUUGAGAACAACUCACAGACUCCCCUUGAUGGGUUUAUGAUUCAGUUCAACAAGAAUACAUUUGGUCUUGCUGCUGCUGGACCACUUCAAGUCCCACAAUUGCUACCUGGGACAUCAGCAAGGACUCUUCUGCCGAUGGUUUUGUUCCAGAAUAUAGCUCCUGGUCCUCCGAGCACACUUUUGCAGGUUGCUGUGAAAAAUAAUCAACAGCCUGUGUGGUACUUCAAUGAUAAGUUCUCAUUGCUGGCAUUCUUCACUGAGGAUGGUAGAAUGGAACGUUCUUCCUUUCUUGAGACAUGGAAGUCCUUACCUGAUUCAAAUGAGGUUUCUAAGGACUUUCCCAGUAUUGUGUUGAAUAGUGUGGAAACAACCUUAGACCAGCUGGCUGCAUCAAAUAUGUUCUUCAUCGCCAAGCGUAAGAACGCAAAUCAGGACGUGUUGUAUCUUUCUGCUAAGAUCCCUCGAGGAAUCCCCUUCUUGAUUGAGCUCACAGCAGUUGUUGAAAACCCUGGGCUCAAAUGUGCGAUCAAAACUCCAAACCCGGAAAUGGCCCCUCAUUUCUUUGAAGCCCUUGAGAUUCUCCUCAAGAGUAGUUGAUUAUAUUUCCCGUCCUUUUUCCCCUACACUUUUCAUUUCUCAAUUUCUUUUUGUUUACAUUUUUCCUUUGGGUUUUGGGGUUGGGGCUGAUAUUUGCAGCUGUAUAAUAUUUAGGAUACUCAAAAUCUGGUUGGUUUUUCCCGCUUCUAGUCCAUUUAAUACCUGUCCAGGCCUGUGAUUGAAUUGUAUUGAUAAAAAUGAGUUUUUGUGAUUGAAUUUAAUUUUGAUAAAAUUGAGAUUUUGUUGCACAAA